AUGGCAGCAGCAGCAGCAGCAGCAGCAGCAGCAGCAGCAGCAGCAGCAGCAGCAGGAGGCCCCAGGCUCCCCUUGGGGGGGCCGCUCGCUCUCCACCGCUGGGGGGCCCCCACUCUGUGGAAGGGUCCCGCGGCGCAGCAGCAGUUGCUGCUGCUGCGCUGCUGCUGCAGCAGAGAUGGUGGUGUUGCUGCAGCAGCAACGCAGCAGCAGCAACCGCUGUUGCGCUGCUGCAGCAGCAGCACCACUGUCUCUCCUGUAAGGAAACAGUUGCAGCAGCAGCUGCUGCAGCAGCAGCUGCUGCAGCAGCAGCAGCAGCAGCAGCUGUAUCAAACCCGCUGCUGGAGCAGUGCCUCCCACAAUGAGUCUCGAGAUCAUGUGCGCGCAGCAGCUGCUGCUGGGAGUAGCAGCAGCAGCAGCAGCAGCAGCAGCAACAGCAACAGCAGCAGCAGCAACAACAACAACAAAAAUAGCAGGGGCCGCACCAGGCGCCGGCCACAACGCGUCGCUUCCAGCUCCCCCAGCAGCAGCAGCAGCAGCAGCAGCAGCAGCAGCAGCAGCAGCAGCAGCAGCAGCAGCAGCAUAAGUGCAGCAGCAAGGCGGUCUUUUGUGCAGUUCGGCGUUGCUGCUCCUUUGCUGCAGGCAAUAGCGCGUUUGGGUUUGCUGCAGCCAACAGCAAUUCAAGAAAAGGCAAUUCCCGUAAUAAAGAAAGGCCACAGUGUUCUGCUGCUGGCGCCCGCUGGCAGCGGCAAGACCCUCAGCUACGCACUUCCUUUGCUCUCCCGCCUCCACCCAUCAGCAGCAGCAGCAGCAGCAGCUGCUGCUGCUGCUGCAGCAGCCCCAGCAGCAGCAGCAGCAGCAGCAGCAGCAGCAGGAGGCCGCCCCGCGCAGCCGCACUGCCCGCGGCUGCUGAUUCUGGUGCCCACGCGGGAGUUGGCCCGCCAGGUGUACAGCAGCACGCUGCAGCCGCUUGCUGCUGCUGCUGCUGCUGCAGUGACCGACAUCAGCAGCAGCAGCAGCAGCAGCAGCAGCAGCAGCAGCCGCGCAGCGCGCUACGGAUGGCCCCUCUCUGCAUGCGUCUUGGCGGGGGGCGGCAGCUAUGCUGCUGAAGCUGCUGCGCUGCAGCAGGGAGUGGACGCAGCUGUCUGUACACCUGCGCGGCUGCUGCUGCACCUCAAGAAAAGAAAUUUGCUGCUGCAGCAGCUGCAGCAGCUCGUCGUGGAGGAAGCAGACGCCCUUUGCGACUCCUUCUACGCCAAGGAGCUCCACUUCAUCCUGAGUCUCGUCAAGCAGCAGCGCGGAUUCAGCAGCAGCAGCAGCAGCAGCAGCAGCAGCAGCAGCAGCAAGAAGGGGGUGCAGCUGGUGUUUGUAGGAGCAGCAAACUCGGGGGCCCUUGUCUCUUUCCUUCGCUCUUUCAGGCCGGACGGCUCGGAGACAGAAUUCCUGCUGCGGGGAACAAACAGCAGCAGCAGCAGCAGCAGCAGCAGCAGCGACAGCAGCAGCAGCAGCAGCAGCAGCAGCUCGAGUCUGUACGACGAGCUAACUCUUGUGUCUAGCGGGGGCCUCCAUUUGCUGCCCCCGCGCUGCCAGCAGCAAUUUGUGGCCAUCGACUCCACCGGCGGUUUGCUGCAGCUGCUGGAGGCUGUGGGGCCCCCGUCGCAGCAGGAGAAGCAGCAGCAGCAGCAGCAGCAGCAGCAGCAGCAGCAGCAGUGUCAGACUGUGGUCUUCUGCAACACGCUCUCCGCCUGCAGGGCUGCGGACUUUUACUUGAGAGAAAGAGGAGUGGCUUGUUCGGCGUGCCACGGGGAGCUGCCAUUUGCUGUGCGGGAGAAGGAAUUCAAGCGCUUCGUGCAAGGCAAGAGUCGUGUGCUCAUUACCACUGACGUCUGCGCCAGAGGCCUUGACUUGCCAAACGUCAAACAUGUGGUGAUGUUUGGGAUGCCGCAGCACUUCGUGGACUACCUCCACAGAGUGGGGCGCCUCAGCAGAGGAGCAGCAGCAGGAAAAGUGACAGCGCUGCACAGGCGGCGGGACCGGCCGCUGCUGCAGCAGAUAAUGGCAGCAACUGCUGCUGCUGCUGCUCCUGCUGCUGCUGCUGCUGCUAGGCCUGCUGAGCAGCGCUUGCAGGAGCUUCAGCUGCAGCAGCAGCUGCUGCAGCACGCGCCGGAGCAGCAGCAGCAGCAGCAGCCGGCGCUUGCUGCAAUCACUUUCGUCAACAGCAGAACCAGGCGCAUACUUAAGCUGCAGCGGAGAUGGCAGCAGCUGCUUGACAUGAAUAAGCAGCAGCAGCAGCAACAGCAGCAACAGCAACAGCAACAGCAGCAGCAGCAGCUGCAGCAACAGCAACAGCAACAGCAGCAGCAGCAGCAGCAGCAGCAGCUGUGCUAA